GAACGCUCUGAGGGUUGGGAGGUGACCAGAAGUAUCACUCAAUGACAUCCGUAGCGACAGCGCAAAUAUGGAAGGGGCAUCACAAUCCAACGAGCAGCAGCCCGUCUGGACAUAAGCGUCGAGUCCCGAUAACACCAUCGCCGCGGAGCAAGCUGCUCAAACUCCCCAGCAUCACAUCGGUUCCUCACUCGAAGACUGACUUGAACACGGCCGGUGCAAGAGCAAGCACCGCAAACACGAAUGACAGUCGAGGAUCAUCGGGCGAAACGGCCAACCCGUUUCACAUGCCAUCUGAUGUGGAGGUGUUUGCCCUGAGGGAGGAUGAGAGGAGACAGAAGCAGGAGGCCAAAGCCCAGAUGCGCAAGCUGCACAUUUACGAAAAGUCCAUGGUCAAACGCAAGAAUUUCAAGGAGCUCCUGGCCGAGGAGGAGGAUGAUAUUGCGUUCUACGAGCGGCUGAAAAAGCGGGAUUCGGAUAAGGUGUUGACGAACCGGCAGGCUAGAGUCGACCGACAUUUCGGGAAAGAAAACCUGCAUGACUUCAUCGCCAAAAAGCGUGAAAUGUUUCUCGUGCAAUACGCUUUGGGUGUAAAGCGGGAGGAGAUGCGAAAACUGGAGGAGAUUGCCCAGGCCGAAGAGCAGAAACUCCUGGACGACGAAAAAGCGCUCGAAGAAGACGCGGCCAAAUUCGACGCUUUCUUGAAGGAAAACGACAAGAAUUCCGUCGAAGCUAUCAAAAAAGCCGAACAAGAAACCAAAGCGAAGCUGGAGAAAAUUCAAGAAAUCAAAAAACUCAACAUGCAGAUCAUGAGCAUCCGCAGCGACAUGUCGAAAAACGAGGAUCAGCUGAAGGAUCUGCAGCGCUAUAAGGAGUUCUUGGAUAAGGUUACGCCGAGGGAGUGGUUCGAGGAGCACAAGGAAGGGGCGAAGGAGUUGAAAACCAGCACAUCGACGGACGGAAGGGAUGACGAUGGGAGUGUCGCCUCCAACUCAAAACCGCGUCGCACCAAAAGCACCCGCUCAAAACACGCCCCCACCAAACCCCACUCCAAACCCAGCGCCGACCCCGACUCCGACUCCGACAUCACCGCUGCCGACGACGACGAGGCGCAACAGCCGCAACAGCAACAACAGCAACAACAAUCCUCCACCGACACCGCGGACGACGAACCCUCCCUGUACUUCAAAACCCCGCAGCAAUUGCUGGACAUCUUUGCGGAGCUCGAGGAGAACAAUCUGGCGCUGAUCCAGAACUGUCAGGAGACGGAGGAGACGUUGGAGGAGUUGAAGCAGAAAAUCGUGGAUACUGAGGCGAGGAUGGACCAGGAAACACAGAGUCUGAAACAACAGAUCGAUUUCUUGAACGCCGCGAUAGGUCGAGAGGAACAUAAAGCCCAGAUGCUCGAAGAACGAGCCAAAAUGUUCUCGUCCGGCACGAUGGGCGGCGAAUCCCAAGAGAAACUCCUCGAAGAGCUGCACCAAAAAGUCAAAGAGGUCUACCGCCGCUGUAUCGGCGACAACGAAGCCACCUUCUCGACGCUCACCAUGUUGACCGCGAUCGAGAACCGCCUCGAGAGCCUGUUUGAGACGAUCGAGAUGAUGCCCCCGGAUAAGGUCGAGCAGGCGGAGAAGAUGAAGGAUAAGGAACGCAGGCAGAGGCUGCGGGAGGAGAAGAUGGAGGCGCAGAGGUUGCUGCAGGAGGAGAGGGUGCAGAGGGCGUUGGAGAGGGCGAGGGCGCCGGUCAUUAAGAAGACAGGCAAGCCGAUUGCGUUCAGGUCAGCCCCACCGCAAAAGAAGAAGCGGAAGGAGGAGGACACGAAGAAGAAGGAAGAAGAGGAUCUGGAGUACUACGGACUGCUCGCGCUGCCAUAGACUAUAAUGUACAUCGUGUCAAUUUUCAACAUCUAAUGCAAAUGCCGCAUACGCUUGGUGGUCCAAUCAUGGGAGAG